GCCGCGGCUCCGUUUCCGGUGGCUGCUUGCGCUCGCUCACCCCAGCUGCAGCCACUCUCUCCCGUGGCUGCUUCCUCCAUCCUGGUAUUUUUUGGAGCCUCCAUCCUGGUUCUUCCAAAGUGCCCGGACCCAAAACAGGAAAGUGCUGCAGAUGCACAGGCAUGGAGGAGAAGCAGUCUGGAUGACCUGGGAGUGAUGCUGCUGGCCAGAGCACGGAGACGUGAUUCUAUGGGAAGGGCUGUAGCUAAUCCAUCCGUGGUCUAGUUAAAAAAAAUAACUGUAAAAGCAAAGAAAGGGUAUUGCUGCAACGAAAUUCCUUACUAAAUGGAUUUGAAGGGCUUUUUGCCUGAAGUCAGAGUGCUGUCCAUCACAGUAAAGAAGACACGGUAGCAAGAGUGUGGGACAGCUGGUCACAUGCAUCCGCAUUCUGUCUUCAGUGGGAAGAGAGAAACACCAUAGUGCUGCUGAGCAGCUUUCUCUCCUCUUAGUCUGAGCCCCUGCCCACGGGGUUACGUCUGUUUUCCCAACUCCUCCUUAUAACCAUGCCUACAGGCUUCUCUGUGGCGGUUCUAAAUUUCAAGAUUUGAGUAUGAGCACAGUUGAAGAGGAUUCUGGCACAGUAACAGUAGAAACUGUGAACUCUGUGACGUUUACUCAGGACACAGACGGGAACCUCAUUCUUCAUUGCCCUCAGAAUGACCCUGAUGAAAUAGACUCGGAAGAUAGUACUGAACCUCCGCAGAAGAGGCUCUGUCUGUCCUCUGAGGAUGACCAGAGCAUUGACGACUCUACGCCUUGCAUAUCAGUUGUUGCAGUCCCACUUUCAGAAAAUGAGCAGAGCUUUGAGGUGACCAUGACGGCAACCACAGAGGUGGCAGAUGAUGAACUUUCUGAGGGAACUGUGACACAAAUUCAGAUUUUACAGAAUGAUCAACUAGAUGAAAUAUCUCCAUUGGGCACUGAGGAAGUUUCAGCAGUUAGCCAAGCAUGGUUUACAACUAAAGAAGAUAAGGAUUCUCUCACCAACAAAGGACAUAAAUGGAAGCAGGGAAUGUGGUCCAAGGAAGAAAUCGAUAUUUUGAUGAACAACAUCGAGCGCUAUCUGAAGGCACGCGGAAUAAAAGAUGCUACAGAAAUCAUCUUUGAGAUGUCAAAAGACGAAAGGAAAGAUUUCUACAGGACAAUAGCGUGGGGGCUGAACCGGCCUUUGUUUGCAGUGUACAGAAGAGUACUGCGCAUGUAUGACGACCGGAACCACGUGGGAAAAUACACUCCUGAAGAAAUUGAGAAGCUCAAGGAGCUCCGGAUAAAGCACGGCAAUGACUGGGCAACCAUAGGGGCGGCCCUAGGAAGAAGUGCCUCUUCUGUCAAAGACCGCUGCCGGCUGAUGAAGGACACCUGCAACACAGGGAAAUGGACAGAAGAAGAAGAAAAGAGACUUGCGGAAGUGGUUCAUGAGUUAACAAGCACGGAGCCAGGUGACAUCGUCACACAGGGCGUGUCUUGGGCAGCUGUAGCUGAAAGAGUGGGUACCCGCUCAGAAAAGCAGUGCCGUUCUAAGUGGCUCAACUACCUGAACUGGAAGCAGAGUGGGGGUACUGAAUGGACCAAGGAAGAUGAAAUUAAUCUCAUCCUAAGGAUAGCAGAGCUUGACGUAGCCGAUGAAAAUGACAUCAACUGGGAUCUGCUAGCUGAGGGAUGGAGCAGUGUCCGCUCACCGCAGUGGCUUCGCAGUAAAUGGUGGACCAUCAAAAGGCAAAUUGCAAACCAUAAAGAUGUUUCAUUUCCUGUCUUAAUAAAAGGUCUUAAACAGUUACAUGAGAACCAAAAAAACAACCCAGUGCUUUUGGAGACUAAAUCAGGAGCUGGAGUUCCAAACAGUAAUUGCAAUUCCAGUGUACAGCAUGUUCAGAUCAGAGUCGCCCGCUUGGAAGAUAAUACAGCCAUCUCUCCAAGCCCCAUGGCAGCGUUGCAGAUUCCAGUCCAGAUCACCCACGUCUCUUCCACAGAAUCCCCUGCUGCUUCUGUUGACUCAGAAACAAUAACACUAAACAGUGGAACACUACAGACAUUUGAGAUUCUUCCAUCUUUCCAUUUACAGCCCACUGGUACUCCGGGCACCUACCUUCUUCAGACAAGUGCAAGCCAAGGCCUUCCCCUAACUCUGACCACAAGUCCCACAGUAACCCUGGCGGCGGCUGCUCCUGCUUCACCUGAACAGAUCAUUGUUCAUGCUUUAUCCCCAGAACAUGUGUUGAACACCAGUGACAAUGUCACCGUGCAGUGUCACACUCCCAGAGUUAUUAUUCAGACUGUUGCUGCGGAAGACUUCACUUCUUCCAUACCCCAAGCAGAACUGACAGCCGAUAGUGACCUGCACGCGUCCGAUUUUCCUGAGCCUCCAGAUGCACUAGAAGCAGACACAUUCCCAGACGAAAUUCCUCGGCCCAAGAUGACUAUACAGCCGUCAUUUAAUACUCACGUGUCUAAGUUCAGCAACCAGAAUAGCACAGAACUGAUGAACAGCGUUAUGGUCAGAACAGAGGAAGAAAUGGCCGACACUGACCUCAAGCAGGAAGAACCGCCUUCUGACUUAGCCAGUGCUUACGUUUCUGAGGAUUUAGAAUCUCCCACCAUAGUACACCAAGUUCAUCAAACAAUUGAUGAUGAAACAAUCCUUAUCGUUCCUUCACCACAUGGCUUUAUCCAAGCAUCUGACGUCAUAGAUACUGAAUCUGUCUUGCCUUUGACAACACUAACAGAUCCCAUAUUUCAACAUCAUCAGGAAGAAUCAAAUAUGAUUGGAUCGUCUUUAGGCAGUCCUGUUUCUGAAGACUCAAAGGAUGUUGAGGACUUGGUAAACUGUCACUAGGUUAUUAGAGACAGCACUUCAAUAAAAGAAGCCGCAUUGCUGAUUGUGUUUUCUCCAAAGACAGGAGCAGUCCCAAGAGUUUUGGUUACCAUUCCUCUGGCCUGUACGUAGUGCUGUGCUUAAGCCGUGCACAUUGUUGCUGCUGUUACUUUUUACCUCCGUUAAAGUUAUCAUCUGAGGUCCAAUUUGUGACAGUGUGUUAAUGGAGUAUAGGAAGUUUUAAUUGCCCAGAUCUGUUCAGUUUUAUAUCAAGAGGGAGUUGUAUUCACUGUAGCUACUUAAACCACCAAAGCUUACCUGCUCUGGUUUUUUACACACAGUAACACUCAUCUCUGCAGUUGGACACUGUAUUCUGUCCAAACUCAAUUUGGCCUGGUUAUAGUUCAGGUUAUAUUAUCAACAUGGUCCAGCUUAGUCAGCAGUGACCUUCAGGAAGAUUGUCUUAGGAGUUUAAGACAAGACCAGCAUUUAUAUGAGAACAUGGGAAGUGGUUGUGAAGGUUACUCUGGUUACCCCAUUGCUGGCAGUGGGAGCUGAGAGGCAGGGUAAAGAGGAAAGCAUUAAUUAAAGAGUCAAGAAAAUUCACUACAGGUCUUUGAUCUUUAACUCUUAAAGGGAAGGUAGUAAGUAAUGAAACCCACUAUAGCAAAGCAGUUAUCUCCCCUCACCAGAGACAGCCAGUACUCUACAAUUAGCACUUUGAAGUCAUUCAGUGAGGGGAGGGGAUAUCACCUGUGUUUGAGAACCAUGACUUUUUACUACAUGGUUUACUAUAUCAAUUGCCCAGAAAAUAGUUGAGGGGUAUUAGAGUUUGAUGUUCACUUAGUGCAUUACCUGUUGGGGGUACAGGCUAGCUUCUCCCUCAGGCACUUUCAACAAACAGAAUUUGCUUCUGUAUCAAAAGUCAUUCCUAAGGGCAACGCCAAAACAAGCCGAGAGGGCUUUAAUGAUAUGGUCUUACAGAAAAGUCAAAAAAAAAAGAGCCUUGUAUAAAUUAUUUUAUUUAUUAUUGUAAUUAGAUCUUCACAAUCAGAGUUGUCUUUUCACUAUCUGUUUUAUUAAUGUGAAACUGUAGUAAUAAGCAAAGGUUGGUUGCCUAGGGAACAAUAAUUGUAUAUUCAGUUUAACAGAAAUAAAAGAGUA